UAUCAAGUCUGGGUUUAAUCUAUAUAUUUUUUUACUCAUUUCUUAUCAAAAAUGAUAAUAUUAUGUAUUUGUAGUUGUCAAUCUGUAUUGUACUCUACAGUUUCUCGCAUAUUCACGGAAUAAAAUAAUUUACGCUUAACAACACUAUGAAAACCGUCAGUUUUUGAAUUAAAAUACAAACUAUCGGAGUUUAUUAAAGGUUUCAAGUGUUUCAGUAUCACAAUAGUUGACUAAUGAGUGGAUAAGGUUUGAAAUUAUUUGCUAUGUUUAACCAAAACAAAUUAAAUGUGUGAAUAAUGAAGAAGUGGAAUCGUGACGUAUUAGCAAGUAUGAAUUGCUGUAAACCAAAAAUAGUUUAUGCAUGAAUUGGUUUGACUUUAAGACGCAAAAUGACUACAGAAAGUCCUACAGGAAUUUCAGCAGAAUUUCAAAAUCAUUUGCGAUCGGAAUGUGAACUCAAACUUAAUGAAACAGUUCACACACAUCUAAGUUCAAAUUUCUGCCGGGGGACGUUUGAUGGAUGGCUUUGCUGGGCAGAUACUGAAGCCGGAGUCACCGUUCACCAACCAUGUCCAGAAUUCAUUUCUGGAUUUGAUCCAACCAGAACUGCUUAUAAGAUUUGCAAUAAAAAUGCUACAUGGUUCAAGCACCCAAUAUCGGGUGCAGUCUGGUCCAACUACACAACUUGUAUUAACCAUGAAGAUUACAAUUGGACACAACAAAUCAAUACCAUCUAUCAAACCGGGUACUUGGUUUCAUUCAUUGCACUCCUGCUGUCGAUUGCCAUUCUUACCUAUUUCAAGUCUCUGAGAUGUGCACGCAACACAUUGCACACGCACAUGUUCACGUCGUUCGCUAUCAAUAACCUGCUAUGGCUGCUGUGGUACAGGCUGGUCGUCGAGCAUCCGUCAGUCGUACUUCACAACGGGUGGUGGUGUCAAAUACUACACGUUAUUCUGCACUACUUUUUGCUAACCAACUACGCGUGGAUGUUGGCUGAAGGUUUUUAUUUGCACACUCUUCUUGUGUUCGCCUUUACGUCCGAAGAUACUCUAGUCCGAUGGUCUUGGACGUUGGCCUGGUCAACGCCGUUGGUCGUCAUUUCUCUGUACACAUUACUACGAACUAUCUACGAUCACACGUCCGAGUGCUGGAUCAACGAGUCACCGUUCACGGAGGUGCUGGUGGUGCCCGUUUGCAUGUCGAUGGCUCUUAACCUGGUGUUCCUUUGCAACAUCGUCCGAGUUCUGUGGGUGAAGCUCCAGGCCGGCCCAUCUCAUCUGUCCAACAGCACGCCAUCACGAACGCUGUUGCAGGCGUUCAGGGCCACGCUUUUGCUGUUGCCUUUGCUAGGGCUCCACUACCUGCUCACACCGUUCCGGCCGCCCAAACAACAUCCCUGGGAACCGUUUUACGAGGUCGUGUCCGCUACCACGUCAUCAUUCCAAGGGCUCUGUGUAGCAACGUUAUUUUGCUUUCUAAAUGGAGAGGUCGUAGCGCAGAUCAAGAGACGGUGGCAAUUCAUGUUUUUCCGGACGAGGGCCAACUCGUACACAGCAACAACGGUCUCGGUACGUCAGUUUGUAAGAUCGACAGCAGGCCCAGGCGAUAACGAAGAUAAGGUUUAGAGGCAAGAUGUGGUCAUAAAUCGUCAUUUUUCAACGGAAUAUUAAUACCUUUUUUAAAAAAAAAAACCUAUACAGUAAAAGUACAUUAUAUAAUAAAUGAUAUGUGUGUACAAAUUUGGCACUGGUGCAGCUUCCAUUCACAACACAAUAAUUAACUUAUAUGAGUUUGUAUUUAAUGUUAUAAAUUUAUAAUUAUGAUUCCAUCUAAAAAAAAAUGUUUUAUUAUUAUUCAUAAUAAAACUAUUAUGUACAGUUAAUGUUAAAUAUUGUAUUUGUGUAGAUUAUAAAAGCAUAUAAACAGUUACCCUUAUACGUACAUAAUUAAAGCUCCAUAAAUAUUAUGUAAAUUAUACCUAUUUAUUAAAGCGAAUUAACAAUAUAAGUAUGUUUUGUUCAAA